AUGGAACAAAUAAUCAUCCAUGAGCAUGAAACUACAGGAAGGCUUGCUCAAGCAGAAAGUUGCAAAUUCAAUCAUCCAUUUGAUAAUCCUUAUGAUGUUCAGCUGAAAUUGAUGAACUCGAUAUAUGAGACAAUUGACGGUGAUUUUAAGAUUGGAAUAUUUGAAUCUCCUACGGGAACAGGAAAAACUCUAUCAUUGAUUUGUUCUACCAUGACGUGGCUACGUGAAUUCAAACGAAUGAAGAAUGAUGCUGCCAUUAAGAAGAAACUUGGUGAAGUUGAAGGCAGUGGAGAUGAAGAAGAGCCGGAAUGGAUUAUGAAGGCCUACCAGGAGAAGAUUGUCGGUCGAAUGCUUGAAGAUGCCAAAAGGUAUGAGAAGCACUUAAUCAAAGUUGAAAAAGAGGGCUCUAAGAUGGUGACAGGUAAGCUGGAUGGCAAAAUAAGAUGGAUCAAAAAGCGGAAAAGGACCGCACAAGGUCAAUCAGGGGAUACAGAUGAGGAUCAACUUGCUCCUGAAGAUUAUACUGAAGAAAGCAUGCAUUUGGAAGGAACAAAGUUUGAAAAAAUGGAUAAAGAAGUGAAGGACUUGUUGAAAGCCGUUGAAGGUAGUCGAGGGUCGACCAAUAGAAGCAAAGAACGAGCCACUGAAGUCAAUGAAUCACCCGUUAAGAUCUUCUUUGCAUCUAGAACCCACUCCCAGCUUAGUCAGUUUUGUUCACAGCUUAAAAUGACUGACUUCCCCUCAUCUAUAGAGGGGAUGGAUGAGAAAACUAAGUACCUACCAUUAGGAUCGAGGAAACAGCUUUGUAUUAACGAUAAAGUGGCUAGUUUGAAAGAUACCCAACAGAUAAAUGAAAGAUGCAUCGAACUGCAGAAGGAUGGAAACAACAAGUGUCCAUUCUUACCAAAACUUGCCGAGGAACAAGAUAUGGAGUUGGUCGAUCAAUUUAAAGACUUGACAUACUCUGCUGUUCAUGAUAUAGAAGAUUUGGAUACUAUUGGAAGCAAUUUGAAGGUGUGUCCAUACUACAGUUCCAGACAUGGAGUUCCUGUUGCUGAGAUAAUAUCAUUACCUUAUCAGCUAUUACUUCAAAAAGAAGCACGUGAUUCUUUGAAGCUUCGUUUGAAGGACUGUAUUGUAGUUAUUGACGAGGCUCAUAACUUGAUUGAUACUAUUAACAGCAUCUAUUCUUCCUCAAUCAGAUUUGAGGAGCUUAAAUUGAUUCGAAAGGCUAUGAGACUAUAUACGAGACGAUUCUAUUCAAGGAUGAACGCAGGAAAUCGGAUCAACUUGUCCAAGAUGAUUAAGUUGGUGACACUACUAGCCAAGUUCAUUGCCAAACAGAUUGAUUUGGGAAGAGUGUCUCCAGGAACGGAAGUGGAUACCAAUCUGAUCUUUGCGGGAACAACCGGUGACUUGCUUAAUGUUUACCCGCUACAAAAGUACAUAAACAAGUCGAAAAUCGCAUUUAAGGUGCAGAGUUACAUGGAUAAAAUUACCGACAGCAAGCAUCAUUCGACUCCAUUGUUAUUUAAAGUGAGAGCCUUUAUGUACUCGUUGUCGAACACUUCUCAAAGUGGCAAGUUCUUCUUUGACAAAGAAGAAGGUGAUAUCACUCUAAAAUACCUUCUUCUUGAUCCAAGUGAACCAUUCAAGGAUAUUGUAGAAGAGGCUAGAUGUGUUCUUCUAGCUGGAGGAACCAUGGAACCGGUGACGGAUUUCACAGAUUUUUUAGUUCCAUAUGUGGACCCAAGUCAGAUGAAAACGUUUAGUUGUGACCAUGUUAUUCCGGACGAGAAUUUGGAAGUUUAUCCGGUCUCUCAUUCUGGAAACAUCUCCUUUGAUUUCACAUUCAACGGGAGAACCAACAGGACAAUGUUGGAAGAAUUAGGCAAAACCAUAGUAGAACUUUUUCAGGAGGUACCAUCGGGAACAGUUAUAUUCUUUCCAAGUUAUCGUUAUUUGGACGAUGUGAUGAAAGUAUGGAAAGAGCAAAGACUUGUGAAACAGAUGGAGGAAUUUAAGAAGAUCUUUAUAGAGUCACGAGAGAUCAAUGUUGAUAAUGUUCUUCGGGAGUUUCGGUCUGAAAUUGAAACUGGAAGUAGAGGGGGAGCUGCAUUAUUCUCCGUUGUCGGCGGUAAAAUGUCAGAAGGGAUCAAUUUCUCGGACAAGUUGGCACGAUGCGUUAUCAUGGUGGGACUACCGUAUCCAAAUGUGAAGAGUGGAGAAUUGAUAGCUAAAAGUCAUUAUAUCGAAAAGAAGACCAUCGAGAAUGGAGGAAGUCGGCAACUUGGAAAACAGCGGUCACAGGAAAUGUACCAGAAUAUCUGCAUGAAGGCUGUAAAUCAAUCGGUAGGAAGAGCCAUUCGAAAUAUUAAGGAUUACGCGGUGAUUUACUUGAUAGAUAAAAGGUAUGAGAGAGAAGAAGUGCAAGGAAAACUAUCUAGAUGGAUUCAGAGACGGUUGAUGAGUACGAAGGAUGUUUUGGAGGCCAGAGAAAGAACUGAAAGGUUCUUUAAAGGAAGGAGCUAG